AAUGAAGUCUGCUAACCAUGCUGACAACCCCUCCCCCAAACGCAGAACGGGGAUUUAGGGCUGGAAAUAAGCAGAGCAAUGUAGCGAUAGGACAAUGUUCCGUUUGAAAUUAAGUGGACUGAUUUAAGUACACAAUUCGAUAGGCCGUCAUUCACACGGGGCCAGUCGGCUGGCACAAUAGCUUAGUUUUUUUUAAUUUAACUGCGCAAUAACUGUAUUCUACUGAUGCUUUUCAUUAAUAUUGACCAAGUUAUAGUUCGCUAGCUAGCAAGCGGCAUAGCUAGAUAUUAUGGUGUGCCCCUGAUUGAUUGCAGGUGAACUCGCGAGAGGAGUAUCAGUUGAUUUAUAAAGAUGUCGAUGGAACUGGACGUGUUCGUGGGGAAUACGACUCUACUGGACGACGAGGUCUACGAACUAUGGCUGGACGGCUACCCAGUGAGUGAUGCAGUGCAGGCGAGGGCAGAGGCCGGGGUGCUGCGGCAGUGGGACCCCAGUCCAGAGGUGUUGCUUAGCGACACCACGGACCAGUACAGGACCUUUCAGAUGUGCGAGCGGCUCCUCCACUGCCCCACCAAGCUGGCCAAUCAGCUGCUGUUCCAGAUCCCCGCCCACCGCCAGGCCGUGCUCAUCGAGAGGUAUUAUGCAUUUGAUAGCGCAUUGGCACGGGACUUACUGGGGAAGAAACUGUCCAAAGGAACCAAGAAGGACCUGGAUGACAUCAGCGCCAGGACGGGGGUGACUCUGAAGAGCUGCAGGAGGCAGUUUGAUAACUUCAGGCGGGUGUUUAAAGUGGUGGAGGAGCUGAAGGGCCCCCUGGUGGAGAACAUACAGCAUCAUUUUCUACUGCCAGACCGGCUGGCCAGGGACUACGCAGCGGUGGUG